CAAACUAUAAACUUGUUUUCGCUCGUCUCGGGCAAAGUUGUGAAUUUCGUCACUUGAGUUGAUUGGCCAGUUUCCGUGGGUCCUCUCACCGCGGUAGACGUGCCGUCGGUCACAGUUUCAGUAAUAAUGACGGAAGCAACGAAAGUGAAUCCAGAUCUCCAAAGAGAAAGGGAUAACUGCACAUUUAAUGUAACAGAAUUGACAAACUUGAUUGAUGGAGGUGCCCAGAAAACUGAGGAGAGGAGGAAAAGAGAGGAGAUGGUACUCAAGGAAGGUAUUCACUUAGACGAAGUUCCGUCCGAGUACCUGAGUCACAAGGAGAAGUACGAGCUGGCGGUGAAGAAAGCGUGCUACCUGUUCAAGAUGAUCCGUCGGCUGCAGGAGGAGGAGAACACCGGCAUGGAGAACUACCAAGAAGUGCUCGGUGGAUCCCUAGGCUCCGCCAUACUCCGCGAUGGUUCUCCCCUCACACUGCACUACGUGAUGUUCAUCCCGACCAUCAUGGGGCAGGCCACCGUGGAGCAACAAGUGCUGUGGAUCGGCAGGGCCUUCAACUGCGAUAUCAUCGGCACUUAUGCUCAGACUGAGCUUGGACACGGCACGUUCAUCCGCGGACUGGAAACGACAGCCACCUACGACCCCGACACCAAGGAGUUUGUGCUGCACAGCCCCACUCUUACUUCCUACAAAUGGUGGCCCGGUGGAUUGGCCCACACAGCAAACUACUGCAUAGUAGUAGCUCAACUCUACACGAAAGGGCAAUGCCACGGCAUCCACCCCUUCAUAGUCCAACUACGGGACGAAGAAACUCAUAUGCCCCUCCCUGGUAUCAAGAUUGGUGAGAUCGGGGCCAAGCUCGGCAUGAAUGGGACCAAUAAUGGGUUCCUUGGCUUUGAUAAAGUGAGGAUUCCUAGGGAACAUAUGCUGAUGAAGAAUGCUAAGGUUUUGGAGGAUGGCACCUACGUUCGGGCGCCAAGUUCAAAGCUAACCUACGGCACCAUGAUGUUCGUGCGAGUAGUGCUCGUCAACGACGUAUGCAGUUACGUGGCGAAGGCGGUCACUAUCGCCACCCGAUACAGUGCGGUGCGGCACCAGUCGCAACCCAAACCCGAUGAGCCAGAACCCCAGAUCCUGGAUUACGUGACCCAGCAACACAAAUUGGCCAUCGGCAUCGCGACCGUCCACGCGCUUCGUCUCAGCGCCUCUUGGAUAUGGAACAUGUACAACAAUGUCACAGCCGAGCUAGAUGCAGGAGACUUGGAGAGGCUGCCGGAGUUACACGCCCUAUCGUGCUGCCUGAAAGCAAUAAGCACCUCCGACGCCGCCGAAACCGUAGAGCGCUGCCGUCUGGCCUGCGGCGGACACGGGUACAUGCUGGCUUCGUCCUUCCCUCUCAUGUACGGCAUGGUCACCGCCGCUUGCACAUAUGAGGGGGAGAACACCGUAAUGUUGCUGCAGACUGCUAGAUACUUAGUGAAGGCAUGGCAACAAGCCAAAGGCGGUAACCCUUUGACGCCUACUGUAGCGUAUAUAGCGUCAGUGAGCGCGGGCCGCCGCUCGCCGCCCUGGGACAACACCGUCGAGGGCAUCAUCCACGGCUUCCAACAGGUCGCUGCCGGUAAAAUAGGAGCGUGCGUGGCGAAUAUCGAGAAGAGACAGCGAACCGGCAUGUCCUAUGAGGAUGCCUGGAACAUGACGUCUGUUCAGCUCACCAGUGCCUCAGAGGCGCACUGCCGCGCGUUCAUCCUGACCACUUACUUCAACGAGACCGAGAACCAGAUCAAGGCCGUGUCUCCAGCUCUAAGGGCCGUUCUACUUCAGCUGGUCGACUUGUACGUCGUGUACUGGGCUCUACAGCGCGUCGGAGACCUGCUUAGGUUCACGUCUAUAUCUGAGCGCGACAUCGAACAACUGCAGAGCUGGUACGAAGAGUUGCUCAUCAAGCUGCGAGUCAACGCCGUGGGACUUGUCGACGCUUUCGACAUUAGAGACGAGAUCCUGCACUCCGCGCUGGGCGCGUACGACGGGCGCGUGUACGAGCGCCUCAUGGAGGAGGCUCUCAAGAGCCCGCUCAACGCUCAACCCGUCAACCAGAGCUUCCACAAAUACCUGAAGCCGUUCAUGCAGGGGAAACUGUGAUUUGAACCAUAACUUCACGGUGAUAAAGUCCAAAAUAGCUUGCAGUUCAAACCUACAAAAGAUUUUGAUA